AUGGAUCUCGCUUUCAGUGACUCUGAGCCAAUAACAACGUUUGCAGAACGCCCGCUUGGACCAGUGCACCAUACAGAGACGGGUCAUGUGCGUAGUAGUCUAAGAACCUCUGUUCCGCCAUCAGCCAAAUCAAACCGCAGACCUCCCUCCCCCUCCUCCACAAACCCCUCCUUAACCAAAGUGUUGAAUGGAGAACAGCCACCAUCACCUCGUGAUACUAGACGCUACUAA